ACCCACAUAGUCUGUGCUGAGAGCAGGGUGGAAGGUAUGGUUUCCCUGUUAUUGAACCGGCUUUAGGAAGUUAUUAAAAGUGUUUGAUAGUCUUUACCUUAAAGCAGAACAUUAGCUUAACCCGCUGAAUCUCAUUCUUAAGAGUGUAACUUGUUGACAUUACAUUGUUUUCAUAGCCUCUACCACGUGUUAUUGUUAAUAUUUCUAUGUAGAGGACAAUUCAUCGCUUCUGCUUGACUGUUUUGAAGCUGGGUCUUGCUGUGUUGAGUGCUGCAGUUUGGAUGAGAGGUUCAGGUUUUGUUUCGGGUGCUGGUAUUUUAGCUGACAUCUCGCUGAAUAGGGCGAAACCACCAGACAGCCUGUGUGAAUAGCUGCAUUGUGGAAGCUGGCUGGUGUGUUUGACAGCACAGGUUCAAACCUAUCUAGGCCUCUUCCACAGAGAGGGGUUUUGGUUAAAUCUGUGCUGGUGUCUGAGCUUUUAUUGCACCACACUCGUCUGUCAGGGAGGCUCUUCAUCAUAGCUCUGUUCAGCCUGACACGGUGUGUUGCCUUGCUGAGGGCUAAAUUACCGGUGGCAGCGAGCUGUCCUGUUGUUUAUGGUCGCGCCUUGCUGUCAGCCCGCAGUGCCAAACUGUCAUCAUCAUCUCUGGCGAGGAUGCCGCAGAAGAAGAAAUCCAGAAACGCCCCGGCGUGUGACUCUCCAGGCACGGGCCAAGCAGGAGCCUCGGCAGAUGUCCUGGAGGAGAACCGGGCUGCAGUGGACGGAGGAGGAAGAGAAGGAGAGGAAGACAAUGUUGGAGACAGUGAGAUAAUCAAGUCCCCCAGUGACCCCAAACAGUACAGGUACAUUGUGCUGGAAAACGGGCUGAGGGCUCUGCUCAUCUCAGACUUCAGUGGCCCUGCGGCGUCUGAAGAUGAUGACUCGGAUGGUGAAGAGGAGGAGGAGGAGGAGGAUGAUGAUGAUGAUGAUGAAUCUGGAGAUGAAACAGAGGAUGAGUCUGAUGAAGAGGAAGAUGAUGAUGAGCAGGGCAGUGAUGGUGAUGAUGAUGAUGAUGAGGGGAAUAAGAAGAAAAGAAGUGCAGAGAAGCAGUCUGCAGCAGCUCUGUGUGUGGGAGUGGGCAGCUUCAGCGACCCCAGUGACCUGCCGGGCCUCGCUCACUUUCUGGAACACAUGGUUUUCAUGGGCAGCGAGAAGUAUCCCUCAGAAAAUGGUUUUGAUGCUUUCCUAAAGAAGCACGGUGGGAGCGACAACGCCUCCACCGACUGCGAGAGGACAGUCUUCCAGUUUGACAUCCAGAGGAAAAACUUCAAAGAGGCUCUUGACAGGUGGGCUCAGUUCUUCAUCUGCCCCCUGAUGAUCCGAGACGCCAUCGAUAGGGAGGUGGAGGCGGUUGACAGUGAGUACCAGCUGGCUAAGCCGUCAGACUCCCACAGGAAGGAGAUGCUGUUUGGCAGUUUGGCCAAACCUGGACACCCUAUGGGCAAGUUCUGCUGGGGUAAUGCCGAGACAUUGAAGCACGAGCCGAACAAGAAGAAGAUCAAUGUCUAUAAGCGGCUGCGUGCCUUCUGGAAGAAAUACUACUCUGCCCACUACAUGACGCUGGCAGUGCAGUCUAAAGAGAAGCUGGACACUCUGGAGGAGUGGGUGAAAGAGAUCUUCAGCAAGGUGCCUAACAAUAAAUUGCCCAAGCCAGAUUUCUCUGAUAUGCUGGACCCCUUUGACACACCAGACUUCAACAAGCUUUACAGAGUUGUCCCUGUUAGGAAAGUUCAUGCUCUGAAUAUCACAUGGUCCCUCCCCCCUCAAGAGGAAUACUACAGAGUGAAGCCUCUCCACUACAUCUCUUGGCUGAUUGGUCAUGAAGGCACAGGAAGCAUCCUCUCAGUGCUCAGGAAGAGGUGCUGGGCUCUUGCUUUGUUCGGAGGAAACAGUGAAACUGGCUUCGACCAAAACACCACCUACUCUAUCUUCUCCAUUUCCAUCACCCUCACCAAUGAAGGUUUCCAAAACUUUUACCAGGUGACUCAUCUGGUGUUCCAGUACCUGAAGAUGCUGCAGAAGCUUGGACCGCAGCAAAGAAUAUAUGAAGAGAUCCAGAAGAUUGAAGCCAACGAGUUUCACUAUCAGGAACAGAUUGACCCCAUAGAGAAUGUGGAAGACAUCUGUGAGAACAUGCAGCUGUUUCCUAAAGAGGACUUCCUGACGGGAGAUCAGCUGUUGUUUGAGUACAGGCCAGAAGUUAUCAGAGCAGCUCUGUCCCUCCUCACCCCGGAGAAAGCCAACCUGAUGCUGCUGUCACCAGAACAUGAGGACCAGUGUCCCCUCAGGGAGAAGUGGUUUGGCACUCACUACAGUGUGGAGGACGUCCAGCAGGAGUGGAUGGAGCAGUGGACAGGAAGCCUGGAGCUGAACAGCGACCUUCACCUUCCUGUUGAGAACAAGUUCAUCGCCACCGACUUCACCCUGAAGCCCUCUGACUGCCCAGACACCGAGCUCCCUGUCCGGAUAGCCGACAGCGACAGGGGCUGCCUGUGGUACAAGAAGGACAACAAGUUCAGAAUCCCCAAAGCCUACAUCAGAUUCCACAUAAUCUCUCCUGUAAUCCAGCAAUCUGCCAAGAACGUGGUCUUGUUCGACUUGCUGGUCAACAUCCUCGGCCAUAACCUUGCAGAGCCGGCCUACGAAGCUGAAGUGGCCCAGCUGGAGUAUAAACUGGUGGCUGGCGAGCACGGCUUGGUCAUCAAGGUUAAAGGCUUCAACCACAAACUGCCUCUGCUGUUCCACCUGAUCAUUGACCACCUGGCUGAUUUCUCUGCCUCCCCUGGCGUCUUCAGCAUGUUCGCCGAGCAGCUAAAGAAAACCUACUUCAACAUCCUCAUUAAACCUGAGAAACUCAGCAAGGAUGUGCGUCUGCUGAUCCUGGAGCACUCCCGCUGGUCCAUGGUGGAGAAAUAUCAGGCUCUGACAGCUGGUCUGAGCAGCGAGGAGCUGAUGGAGUUCAGCCGGAGUUUCAGGGCUGAGCUGUACGCUGAGGGUCUGGUGCAGGGCAACUUCAGCAGCACUGAGUCACAGCAGUUCCUUCAGUAUGUCACAGAAAAGCUGCAGUUCUCCAAGCUGCCAGUAGAGGUGCCGGUGAUGUUCAGAGUGGUGGAGCUUCCUCUGAAGAACCACAUCUGUAAGGUCAAAUCCCUCAACAAGGGAGAUGCCAACUCUGAGGUCACUGUGUACUACCAGUCUGGCCUGAAGGCGCUGAAGGAACACACACUGAUGGAGCUGUUGGUGAUGCACAUGGAGGAACCUUGCUUUGACUUCCUCAGGACCAAAGAGACUUUGGGGUACCAUGUCUACCCCACCUGCAGAAACACCUCAGGCGUUCUUGGGUUCUCUGUCACCGUGGAAACACAGGCCACUAAGUUCAAUACCGAGCUGGUGGAGUUAAAGAUUGAAGAGUUCUUGGCUUCAUUUGGGGAGAAACUCGAUUCGCUGACUGAGGAGGCCUUUAAUACUCAGGUGACGGCUUUAGUUAAGCUGAAGCAGUGCGAGGACACGCACCUCGGAGAGGAGGUGGACAGAAACUGGGCUGAGGUGGUUACGCAGCAGUAUGUGUUUGACAGGCUCAACAAAGAGAUUGCAGCACUGAAGCUGAUGACCAGGUCUGAGCUGGUCUCCUGGUUUAAAGAGCAACAAGGAGAAAACAGCCGCAAACUCAGCGUGCAUGUGGUGGGCUUUGGUCCUGAAGAAAACGAUGAGGAGGGCGAUGAUAAAAAACAAGAAGGAGAGGAGGGCAAAAAGGAAGAUGUCAACAGCUCUGCGUACGGCGAGGUGUCAAAGCUCACCUUCCUUGCUGCCUCACCCAAGAUGGUUGGCUCUGUAGCUAUCAUGGACAUUCCUGCUUUCACUAAAGACCUGCCCCUCUUUCCUUACCACAAGAUACUUGAGUAACCUCACGCUCAGACUGUGACAAAGAUAGAUUGCUGUGCUGUGCCUCUCACAGAGGGGACUGCCUCAUUAGAGAUGCAGGCACUUAAUAUGUGAGGGUAAAGGAAGGCUGAAACAGUCUCAGCUCCUCUCUGGACCUGGAUUCUGUCUCAGGGCCCCAGCUGUAGAUUUUACCCGAAUUGUGUGUAUAGGCAAAGUGCCUGGAAGUGAUGAUAGAAUUUUUUUAAAGUGAUAAAUGAUAAUCCAUUCUGCUGUCUCACACUCGAUUGUUUCAGAUCCUCAGACACUGGGAGUGUGGGAGUGCUUAUCCAUUUUACCAUCCCACUCUGAAUGAAGAUCGUUGGAUCAAAUUCUCAUUUAUUUGGCUCUCUAGCUCUGCUGCUAUAACAACACCCAACCCCUGCAUUUCCUUGGUGUUUGUUUUGGAGCCCACAGUGAGCCUAAUACAAUUUGAAAAUACAAAUCAACUGUGAAAACUGCAGAAUUGCUGAAUCCCUUGAACUCCAGAGGUGUGUGUGUUUGAGUGAUUGUGUGCUGGAUUUCAAGCUCUUCGGUGCACUCUGCUGUCGUAUUAGCCGACCUGGAUUAUGCCAUGGUAUGAAACUGUGCAAAAAAAUAAAUCAAGGAGGGAUGAGUGAAUCAAUGAAGCAAUGAACUGACUACAUAAAACACAUUUUUGAGACCUCUUCUUCAACAUAAAAUCAAACCUGUGAAACCAAA